AUGAUAACCUUACCACCGUCAUACGACUGCAUUGAAACAUACACAGCCGACCUUUGCAAUUUCAUUUCGUCACCACUGAUCCGACAAAUUACGGGAGGUAUUCACGUCAAUGACUCGUUAAUCCAGGAUGCCUGGGGAUCACUCCCCAAGGAAUGGACAGCCUGGUGGUCUUCAUGGCCAGACCAUCGCCUGGCGCAGCAAAAUCUCAUUGAUAGCAUUGAUGAAGAAGCUGGAGCACAAAUGGAGAUGAAUGAACAACUCACCAAGCUUGUUGGAGAUCGGCCGGAGUCUCUGACGGAGUGGCUACGAAGCAUCAAAUCACUUGCGCUUCCCAGAAAACAACGUCCAGGAGAAUCAGUAACCUUACCAGAGUCUCUAACAGCUCGUAUGACACCCAAAAAGAUUGCCGAAGUCUCUAGAGCAGCAGCCUAUAUUCACCAAGUCUGCCAAAGCAAGGGCAUCAACCGCGUCAUUGACAUGGGGUCUGGCCAAGGCCAUUUGUCCAUCAGGCUUGCUUAUCUCUUCCCGGACCUGAAAGUCCUUUCCAUUGAUGGAAGCAAGUCGCAAGUCGCAGGAUCGAAAGCAACUGCCGCCGCUCUAAACAUACCGGACAGCAGACUAGAGCAUAUGGAGCAUUGGAUUGACGGCUCGCCAGCCUUGGCAGACUGCAUCGAGAAAUGGGCGGAAGGGGAGAGUUGCAUACUCGUGGGCCUCCAUGCCUGUGGGAGUUUAUCGGAGCAUAUGCUGAGAUACUUUACGACGAUACCUUGCAUCAAGGCUUUAGGAGUCGUGGGAUGCUGCUACAAUCACAUCGUCCCCCUCUCUCCUAGUUGCCCAAAAGGAUUUCCCAUCAGCUCGACAAUGAGGAAGCAUAAACUGACGCUAAGUCCAACUGCACUUAUGACGGGCUGUCAAGCGCCAAACAAUUGGGGGCGACAGGACACAGAGGGUGGCCAAGAGGAGGCGUCAUCUUUUGCUAAACGUCGUCUAUACCGCGCGAUUUUGCAGAAAGCUUUCUUCGACAAGGGGGUGAAAGUCAGGGCUGUAGACGGGCGGUGGCCAGGUUGGGGUAUAAGGAAAGGAGACGUCGCCGAUUUCGCUACCUUUGCACGCAGAGCGAUGCAAUACUUGAACAUUGACGAUAGCGAAAUAUCGACAGAAGAGCUGGUGGCUUACGAGGAGCGGUACGGGGAUUGUGAAGGUCAGAUUGCUAUUUUGUGGGCUCUCGGCUCAUUGUGUUCUAAAGUGGUGGAAAGCGCGGUUGCAAUGGAUCGGUACUGGUUUCUGAAGGAGCAGAAAGCAGAGGAAGUGGACAUUAUACCCAUAUUCGACUUCAAGGUCUCACCCAGGAACUUUAUGAUUGUGGCUGAGAAGGCAGAUUCUUGA